GAAUAAAAAGGACUAUUGCCUCUAUAGUUUUCAUGGUAGAUUGCACCAGAACGUAUCGCCUGUCCGUUACCCCGUUAUACAUUAUUCUUUCCGAGAACAGGUGGAUACAAAGACAUAUCAUUUUGCGCUGCAUAGAAUGUUAGAGAUUACAGGGGAACUUGUUUAGGCUACAAUAUAUCGGUAGUCUACGCGUCGCGUCGGGGGGACUGCGGUACAUCUGAAGACGGACUAGCAAAGACUGUCAAGCAAGGAAGAUUGCCAACCAGCAACAUCAUCGGGACGUAAAAUUAUGCUCUUCAUUCAGAUACAGGUUUCCCGUCUGCGGAACAUUUGGAUUGAUAGUUUGAUUUACCAUUUCAACCAUUCAAAAAUGAUUAGUGAAUUACAUUAGUGCUGUUAACCCAAUGCAACACGUUGCUGGCAAGCGAGACAUCAUUGUGCCAUUAAUUGAUUACAAUAAGGCAUAUUUUCUUGGGAUGACAUCCCGGUGUGUCUCCCCUCCGUUACCUUGUUUAGUCUCCAGAGUUCCUGCUUUCUGUCAGGGGCCAGCCUGCUGAUUCCUCUCUGCCGCCACGACACGUCACGGGGGGCCGAUGCGGCGUUUCGUAUACUGUAAGGUGGUGCUCACCACCUCGCUUGUCUGGGUGCUGGUGGAUGUCUUCCUGCUGCUCUACUUCAGUGAAUGUAACAAAUGUGACGACAGGAAGGACCACUCGCUGCUGCCUGCUCUCAGAGCAGUCAUGUCGCGAGCCCACGAGGGCCCAGGGGAGAUGGGGAAAGCGGUGGUUAUCGCAAAGGACGAGCAGGAGAAAAUGAAGGAGCUCUUUAAGAUUAACCAGUUCAAUCUGAUGGCCAGCGACAUGAUUGCUCUCAACAGGAGUCUGCCGGACGUGAGACUGGACGGUUGCAAGACGAAGGUGUACGCGGACGAUCUCCCCGACACCAGCAUAGUGAUCGUGUUCCACAACGAAGCGUGGAGCACCCUGCUCCGCACCGUCCACAGUGUCAUCAACCGCUCGCCACGGCACCUGCUGCAGGAGAUCCUGCUGGUGGACGACGCCAGUGAGAGAGACUUUUUGGGAAAGAAGCUGGAGAACUAUGCUCGUACCCUGGAGGUUCCCGUGCGGGUCCUGCGGAUGGAGCAGCGAACGGGGCUGAUCCGGGCCAGGCUAAGAGGGGCAGCUGCCACACGGGGACAGGUCAUCACCUUCCUGGACGCCCACUGUGAAUGCACAGUGGGCUGGCUGGAGCCUCUGCUGGCCAGGAUCAAAGAGGACCGGAGAUCUGUGGUAUGUCCUAUAAUCGAUGUGAUCAGCGACGAGACGUUUGAAUACAUGGCAGGCUCAGACAUGACCUACGGAGGAUUCAACUGGAAGCUGAAUUUCCGUUGGUACCCCGUGCCUCAGAGAGAAAUGGACAGGCGCAAAGGGGACAGGACAUUACCACUCAGAACCCCUACUAUGGCUGGAGGGUUAUUCUCUAUUGACCGGACAUAUUUUGAUGAAAUUGGCACGUACGAUCCAGGGAUGGACAUUUGGGGCGGAGAGAACUUGGAGAUGUCUUUCAGGAUCUGGCAGUGUGGCGGCUCGCUGGAGAUUAUAACAUGUUCCCACGUGGGUCAUGUGUUCCGGAAGGCCACCCCAUACAGCUUCCCUGGGGGCACUGGCCAAGUCAUCAACAAGAACAACAGGCGAUUGGCCGAGGUGUGGAUGGACGGCUUCAAAGACUUCUUCUACAUCAUAUCACCAGGUGUGGCCCGGGUAGACUAUGGAGACGUGUCCUCUCGUAAGGCCCUGCGUGAAGCUCUGCAGUGCAAACCCUUCUCCUGGUACCUGGAGAACAUCUACCCCGACUCUCAGAUCCCCCGGAGAUACUACUCACUUGGUGAAAUCAGAAAUGUUGAAACAAACCAGUGUGUGGACAACAUGGGCAGAAAGGAGAACGAGAAGGUUGGCUUCUUCAACUGCCAUGGCAUGGGUGGGAAUCAGGUGUUCUCGUACACGGCUGAUAAGGAGAUCCGGACAGAUGACCUGUGUCUGGACGUGUCUCGCCCCCAUGGCCCUGUGGUCAUGCUGAAGUGUCAUCAAAUGAAGGGGAAUCAGAUGUUUGCGUAUGACGCAGAGCGGCUGACCCUGCUGCACGUCAACAGUAACCAGUGUCUGGACAUGCCUACUGAGGAGGACAAGAUGGUGCCCACCCUGAGAGACUGCACAGGCAGCCGCUCCCAGCAGUGGUUCCUCCGCAACAUGACACUGACGCUCUGAUCUGACGAGGAGCAGGACCUCCACCUUCACUCACCACCACCCUGGCCAGUUUCGCCCCCACCUGAACCACCGACACACUUCGCUCCCGCUGGCCACUACCUUUGCCUCGCUCCACCAGGUAUUUUUUUUUUUAAAUCAUGCACACGCUCCUGCCUCCUUCAACACUCGCAGGUGGGGAAGAAGCAGUCAGGUAGCAGGGUUUUUUUGUGUUUUUUUUUCCCACAGGGCUUCGGAGGCUUGGCAAGGGCGUUAUCUGUGAUUCUAAUCCCCUCAUUCAAUCAAUAUUACACACUGUGGCUGGCAAGAGGUUGGCGUGCACACUCUCAGCCAGACAAUAUCUGUAUGGUUGACUCAUAUGAACGGGUCUGAGGUGACGGUAACUCACACUUUUACAUAUGGAGGAAGCUGGAAUCAGAGUGACUAUCGCACUGACGGUACCGUAUAUGUCAGAUGGCUCUCAAACCUGGUCGUGUGUGCGUUGUACAGCAGCAGCGCCGAUAGCAGGACACCAUUUGUACGUCCGUGGGGUCUCGCAGACUAUGUACUCUGGCUCUGAACACAAGUGUGUGUUUAAAGUGUAGCCCUGAAAAGAGAUGAUUCUGUUCAGACAUUGUACACCUCCCCCAAUUCACAUCUAUGUUGGAGCCACGUGUACAUCUGAGGGUGAAGGGUAAGGGUUGUUGAUGGGUACAUAUCAAGAGGCUGACAAAACGCAAAACAUUAGAGGUCAUAUAGAACUCGUGCAUGGAGGCAUAUAGCUGUCAAAUCUAAUUUACCAUUAUCCAAUUUGCAUAAUGCUCAAUGGCAUAAAGGUUUGCACUGUCCCUUUGUAUUACAGGAAAUAGAUAUGUCAUGUCAUAACACUGUUUCAAAACACAACUGUAUAUCUGAGGCCAAAGUUACUUGGAUUGAUACGGUAUGCCUUAAGAGAAAUAGUCAAUUAUUGAAUGGGUCAAGGAAUGUAGAGAAAGGAAAAAAUCUUGACACGCUUUGCCUCAAAGUCAACCGGAGUAGUUGUCACAGAAUGCAGUUGUUUGUUGAAAUUGUUUCUACUGCACUGUAGCACGGUCCGCUCCCCAAACAUUGGAUUAUUGAAUGUGUCGUUUAUUUUGGAUACGUUUGUCUACUUGAAGGUUCCCUUAUUCUACUUUAUACAUUAUGUCCAUCACUUUCAUUACAAGAGUUGACUUAUCAUUUGCACGGUUCAUUAUAACAUAUCAUUUGCACGGUUCAUUAUAACAUAUCAUUUGCACGGUUCAUUAUAACAUAUCAUUUGCACGGUUCAUUAUAACAUAUCAUUUGCACUGUUCAUUAUAACAUAUCAUUUGCUCGGUUCAUUAUAACAUAUCAUUUGCCCGGUUCAUUAUAACAUAUCAUUUGCCCGGUUCAUUAUAACAUAUCAUUUGCACGGUUCAUUAUAACAUAUCAUUUGCACGGUUCAUUAUAACAUAUCAUUUGCACGGUUCAUUAUAACAUAUCAUUUGCACGGUUCAUUAUAACAUAUCAUUUGCACGGUUCAUUAUAACAUAUCAUUUGCACGGUUCAUUAUAACAUAUCAUUUGCACGGUUCAUUAUAACAUAUCAUUUGCACGGUUCAUUAUAACAUAUCAUUUGCACGGUUCAUUAUAACAUAUCAUUUGCACGGUUCAUUAUAACAUAUCAUUUGCCCGAUCUAAACAUAAAGCAAAAAUGAUCUGUCGACAUAAAAAGGUUGCGAGUGCAUUUACAAUGUCGGUUUGAAUAUCAAGUUUCUUGUUUAUUUAAUUAAGCUAUUGUGAAGUCUAAAAGCUCCCCGAAACAUCUCAGCAUUAGUGAAUCGAUCAAUAUGAACAAAGGCAACAGUAUAAUGAGACUAAACAAAACUCAUUGUGUUUUACCACUUUACUGUGCCAUUUUGAUCGUCAGUCAAACGAUGCGUCCUGAAUCGUACCCUGUUGUACUAUUUUUGAGCAGGUCUCAUAGUAGGCUCUGGUCUAAAAGUAGUGCUCUAUGUAGGUAAUAGGGGACCAUUUGGGAUGCAUGAAAACAUUUCUUGAUAUGAUCAACAUUUUUAGAAAACGGAUCAACUAUGUUUUUCAAUGGAUUGUCAAACCGGACCCGCUGACAUCCGGUGGUGUAAAUAAAUAACGGCCAUCAUCAUGUUUUCGUCGUCACAGUGACUGUACAUACAGAACCAAUUAUUUUUCUAAGACUCUGUGAAACUUGAAAGCCCCGUUGAAAUGUAGAGCGUGGCAUGGUUAUGUAAUUGAAUCCAUUGCCUGUGCGCUGUUCAGAAAUACCAAUGGAACUCUGUUAAUGCUUUCUAGGGGUUUUAUGAAAUGUGCAAUGUGUUUUAGAGGUUCAUCAGCAAAAACCCACAAACUACCUAAUGGACAUUACUGUACUAAAACAGAUUCAAACUAUCUCAAUGCUUGAACACUGUCAUAUCUAUGCCUACUGUUUGUUUGGCAUUCAGACUCAAAUGAAAUGAACUCUGUUUUACGUUCAUAUAUAUUUCUCGUUUAGUUUCACCUAGAUUAUCUUUAGGUGUAGGGUGAAGUUGCCCCUAGACUCAUAUCCCCCCACUAAUAGUUAAGGUUGGGAUUGGGGAAGAGGAAGCUGAUCCUAGAUCUGUUCCGACAGUAGGGGAAACUUCACCCCGUAGCUUAUCUUGACAUGCAUGGUACUACAAUAGGAAUGUACUAUAGAUUGUGUUUUGAAUUUUGAACUGUUACCCUGUACAUGUAUUGGUCUAAGCUGAUGUAUGUUACCUGUUUGUAAAUUUUUGUAAAAACCACCCCAAAAAAAAGAAGAAGAAAUGAAAAACAGUUAUCUUGAUGGAAUCUGCCAUGUGUCUGAUUACUGGGGGAUGAUACGAACCAAUGAAACGGUGAACGACAAAAUCGAAUAAAUCUGUUGUUGAUUAAACGUUUCUGUUGAAGCUUUUAGGGCCCCUCCCCCGUGUCUCCCGUCUCCUCCUUAGCUCUAGGGAUGCGUCCCAAAUGGCAUCCUGUUUUCUAUAUGCUGCACUACUUUUGACCAGGGCCCAUCGGACUCUAGGUCCCUGGUCAGAAGUAGUGCUCUAUAGAGGGAAUAGGGUGCCAUUUGGGACUCAGCCUUAGUAUCUACUAGGAGCCUGGUGGGCGCUUUAACCAUGGCUCAAUAAUACGCUCAUUAUAGUUGCUAGGUCAGGUCUAGAGUUAGCCUAUGGAGAAGGUCCAGUAUAAACUGGGGCCGGGUUUCAAUCUGAUUGCCCUUUGUCGACAAUUCGUCCUUUAAAGGCAAUGUUCCCGCUUUCGCGGAGACCACAUUCACGGUAAACGCUGCAUAAAAAAAAUAUAUAUAUGUAUUUUCCUUCUAGCACUGACUUUGAUAGUAACUACUUUAUUGAGGGAAAAUGUACUUGCUAUGGCUGUGUAUAUGUGGUUGUCUCACCCAGCUAUCUUGAGAUGAAUGCACUAAUUGUAAGUUCGCUGUGGAUAAGAGUGUCUGAUAAAUGACUCUAAUGUAAAUAUGUCGGCGCAAUCUGAAACGGCCUUUUAAAUGGCGCGUUGUCAACAAACCGCGAUCAGAUUGAAUCUCAGUUGAAAAUGGCUUCCAAUAAAGACUCGGUCUAAGGUUGAGGUCUUGACGACAAACGAUUUCACACUAAUUUGGUUUAUGGAGGCCUUACAUUGCUGGAUAACUGUCUCAAAGCGUAUUUGCAUAAUAUUACAUGUAAUGGCAUAACUUAAUUGCUUCACUGUAUAUUUCCCUUUUCCCCACCCACAUCAGAGAAUGGAAGUUUUUUUUAAAUAAAUAUUUGUAAACCUC